UAUUUUGGUAGCAGCAAUAGUGAAGAUAAAGCAAGCAACCUUUAACGUCUGCAAUUUGUAAUUAAUUGUGUUUUGACGCAACAGAGAAAAAUGUCCAUUGUUGAAAGAGCUCAUUAGCACGGCUCCCGGACUGAUUGCACUUGACGACGCUCAGUCGACGUUAUGCUGGUAGAUCGGCGAGAUCGUCUGUGUUUUCACUGGAACCGAGAUUGUAAUAGAACCCGAUAUUGUCUAGCAUGGAUACCGUUCAAGAACUAUUCGGAAAAUCCGUCUUAAAUAACAAAGGUAGCACAGUGCCUGUUUCAACGCUAGCUGGUCCGGAUAAAAUAAUAGGUAUCUAUUUCCAUGGGAACUGGUGCCCGCCUUGCGUACAGUUUACCAAGCAGUUGAAAACGUUUUACGAAAAAAUCAAAUCCACCAACAAGGGAGACAAUUUCGAGAUCGUCGCCAUCUCGUGCAUCAACGACGACGACGACGACGACAAGACACAAGUCGACGCCAUGCCGUGGUUAUUCGCCGACCAACAGACUCGAACACAAAUAGAGGCAAUAGCGCGGCGGUUCGGGGUGGGGAGUGUCCCCAGACUGAUACUCUUGGAUGGGCACACGGGACAAACGAUUACUGACUGUGCACGGAAACACGUUGUUGACGAUCCAAAUGCGCAAAACUUUCCAUGGCGAGAAAACACAAAGAAAAACUGAGCCAAAGAAGAAGAAGUUUCAGAUGACGGACACACGAAAACUUCACUGCUAACUUUCUUUGUAUUUUCUUCUUCUUCUUUUCUUCUUCUUCCUCCUCUUUGGCGUAUUUUUCGUCUUUCUUUUUUCUUUCUUCUUUUAUUCUUCUUCUUCUUCUCUUCUUCUUCUUCUACUUUUUCUUAUUCCACUUCUUUUUCUUUUUCGUCUUCUUAAUUUUAAAAAUGCACAUCUAUAUUAUCAAACACUCCACCACCCCUCCAUCAACAAAAAAAUAAUAAAAACUAAAACUAAUCGAUAACUACUAAAUAUAGACUUAUGUAGGUCAAAUACUGUUCAACAGAUUCAAAAUUGUAAGUAAACAUAUACAACGCCAAAAGUAAAGUGCCCCACCCCCACCCCCACCUCCAGAAAAAACCCACACAAAGAAACAAACAACAACAAACAAACAAACAAAAACAACAACAACAACAAAAACAAAACAAAAAACCCCAACCCAACAUAACCCCAUUGAAUAUGGAAUUAGCAAAGUGGUCCCCAAAACAAAUCGGAACCCUGUUGAAUAUGGAAAUGGCUAAAACGUAUGGGGACUGUAAUUUUAAUAUUGAAUAUUCAUUAAUAUUAGUGUUCGGUAUUCGACCUGAAAAUGGUAUUCGAAUAAUCAAUGGAAAUGACGUGCGAAUAUUCGAAUACCAACCAAACAACAACUGACUCGUCAAACUAACAGGGGUUUUAUAGUUUGAAUUGUGUAAUAGACUUUUAAUAAUCCCCAAAAGCCAGUUACGACAGAAAACUAAUAUAAAUCAUUGUGCAGUACUGACUGGUAGGUAACCUCUCAAAAUUAUUAAUACUGAAUUACAAAUAUCAAAAUAUGAAAAACACUAAAACAGUAUGACGGCAACAAAUAUGCGCCGAGAACUCAUGCAGAACACUCCAGAUCUGUUGUUGGGGUUUUGUUUGUUUGUUUGUUUGUUGUUUUGUUUUGCUAGAGAAUGUAGUAGCAUUCUGUCAGUGCUCAAUUCCGAGACGCGCUUUGAAUGAACAUGG